AAAGAGCGCGUAUAAAAUGGAGGAGGCUGCUCAGUGUUUUUGUUGUGAGUGAUGAAGAGAGACUAUAAUAACUUCUCUGUUAAUUGCUGAAAAGGCGCCACUCUUUUUCUGUCCUGCUUUAGAAUACAUUGGUAGCAAACCCGGAUACUGUGGUUUUAAGAUCAUGAGGAAGCCGGAAAAUGUGAGGCUGACAUCUUUUUUUUUUUUUUUAAGCAAACAUCAAAUGGUUGUCAGAGAAGGAUGUCACCUGUAGUUCUCCAUCUGAGCAUUGUUUCGUAGACCUAAACCACCCCUGGGGCGAACGAGGUAGCUCCCCCCAGGGUGUAGCUGCAGAUGUAAACACUCUUCUGGUACUUUCCUAGAUAAUUAAAUGCCCCUGGAGAAUAGGGACGUUUCUCUGAACAACACACUAAAACAGGUACAGUGCCUGUUUUACCGGUGGUUGUAAAUCAUUUUAAAACACAGCCAAAAAUUGUUUGGUGUAGCAUUAACAUUUGGUGGCUGAUGUUGCUAUUUUAUGAGUGAGAUUGAUUCUUUCCUCAAAGAUCAAAAACUACAGCAAGAUAACCUUGCUUCUGAACUUACCUUGAAAGAAGAAGCUACCCUAAUAAUAAUUACAGGUUUUUUCCGGGUCUGGAAAUGAAUUAAUAGAAAAAGCUUCACCUGCUGAAAUGCUAAAAAAUAAUGUACACGCUCCAACAUAAAUCCCAACUGGAAAACAUUCUUUUUUGUUUAACACCAACCUACCAUGCAGAAAUUUAGUAGGCAUCUUAGUAUUUUAGGUACCCCUUCUCUUUAUUCUAUUUUACAAUAUAAUUUUGUUUCUCUCCUCCACCACUCCAUUGCUUUACAAAGGCUGCUGUUCAAAACACAGAGAAGCAAGCUAAGUAAAGCUAAUAACUCUGUGUUGGGAGAUAGAGCAGGGGUGUAACUAUAAUAGGGCAAGGGGAGACAGUUGUCUGGGGGCCCACUGCCUUGGGGAGCACCCCAGAGGCAAGUCACAUGACUGACUCCCCCCAGCUGCUGACCCACCCGGGCUUCCUUCAGUUGUAUUCAUCCUCCAAAAUUGAUGUGAGUGUUAAGACCUGGAGCUACCAGAACAGCAUGUCUUUCUCUAGUACCAUUAAAUGACUUGCAUCAUCCCCAAUUAAAACAUAAUUUAGGAUGAUGUUCUGUUGUGGCACAUAGCAGAUAUAUAGAUAUACUUUUUGUUACCACUAUUCAGCCUCAUUUAAGAUUUCUUUACUUCAUGAGCUGAGCUUCAGGGGGGGGGCAUUUUAAAAUCUUGUCUCUGGGCCCACUCCAACCUUGCAAGCCCCUGAGAUAGAGUCUACUGUAUAUGCCACCAACAACUUGGGAAGAGAAGACCUGCAGAGGGAGACAGAAGAAGGCCAUGUAAAAUUAUGUGCUUCACCAAUAAAGUAAAAAAAAUUGUAUGGAUGCUAGAUUGACAUCGACUAGAACAGGCUCUUGCCCUUUACAGUUUCUUCACACAUCUUUCACUAGCUGCCUCUCAACUGCAGGAUUCACUUGUACAGGUAGCGUGUUUAACACUUGGAAGCCAAUGUGGGUAGUGCUCUUAGAAGAUGGAAUUGAAUUCUUUAAGAAAAAGACUGACAACAGUCCUAAAGGGAUGAUUCCUCUAAAGGGAAGCAGCCUUACAAGUCCCUGUCAGGAUUUUGGUAAAAGAAUGUAUGUCUUCAAGCUCACUACUGGCAAACUGCAGGAUCACUUCUUUCAAGCCUCCCAUCUUGAAGAGAGAGAUGCUUGGGUGAGAGACAUCAAGAAGGCCAUUAAGUGCAUUGUGGGAGGUCAACGAUUCUCCAGGAAAUCUACCAGGAAGUCUAUCAAGCUUCCUUCGGAAAUCAAUCUAAGUGCUUUGUAUCUCUCAAUGAGAGACCCUGACAAAGGGAUACGAGAAAUGAAGCUAGAAAAAGACAAGAAAAUUUACAAUCACUGCUUUACAGGUAGUUGUGUGAUUGACUGGCUAUUGUCAAACAGCUCCAUCCGGAAUCGUCAAGAGGGUCUAAUGCUAGCAGCUGCCCUGUUGAACGAAGGUUAUUUUCAGCCUGCUGGAGAUACAUCCAAGAAUGCAGCAGAAGGCCUGUCAGAAACUUCCUUCCUUGACUGUGAUGAUGCUUAUUAUUACUUCGCAGACAGUGGGUUCUUUUGCGAAGGAAAUUCCAGUGAUGAUGAUGCAGUCUUCAAAGAAGAAUUUAGAGGCACAGUGGUCAAACAGGGAUGUCUACUGAAGCAGGGACACCGGAGAAAAAACUGGAAAGUACGAAAGUUUGUGCUGCGGGAGGACCCUGCUUAUAUCCACUACUAUGAUCCUGCUGGGGGAGAAGAGCCACUUGGAGCCAUUCACUUGAGGGGUUGUGUGGUGACUGCAGUUGAAGACACAGCAGAUGGCAAGAAAAGUGGCAUUGAGGGGAACCUGUUUGAAAUCAUUGCUGCAAAUGAAAUUCACUACGUCCUGCAAGCAGCCACCUCUGCAGAACGUACAGAAUGGAUCAAGGCCAUUCAGAUCGUUUCCAGGACUGGAAAGUGAAGAACCAUCAACUUUAGCAAAGAAAAGUGGCUCUUGUUGGAAAGGAAUGUGUGUAGCAUGCUUCUGUACCAUUGUCUUUCUAUGCCUAUUUUCCAACUUAGAACCAUUUGAUAGAACCAAUAUGUUAUAUAAACAUUUCUCAUAUACCACUAAGUAAAGUAGAGCUACUAAGGUAUGAAUAAGUGCUAAGAGAUAAUAUCUGUAUAUUAUAGUACUGGAAAACCAGUUUAUUUGUAAAAAGAUGUUUUGCAUAAAGUGCCCUGAUUUCCAGCCACUUCAUACAUAUGUAUUGAAGUCCCAAGUGAAGUAUACAGAGUUUUGUUUGUAAGAAACAGAAGUUUGGGGCAGUCUACAAAUCUGAAAAAUAAAAAUAAAUAAAUUUAAAUAAACAGAGAAUGUGCAAAGAUCAGCACCAGGACUAAUGUUGCUGCAGAAAUAUACAUUUGGGGGUGGGGGAAGAGUUAAAAAAGACUUGUCUCUUUUACCAGAGUCUAUUUUUUGAUGAGCCAAUGACAGGGAGAAAGGUGACUCAUGUUUUUAAAAUAUGGUUUUCUUAGCCAAUAUACGAUGGUUGCUAAAAUAGACGACAAGUCUCAGAAAGCUUAAUUUAGUGUUUGAAUUACUGGGAGCGGGGGGUGGUAAUAAGGGCCCAUCCAACAGCCUUACUUUUUGUGACUGACUCCUAGUUACUGUUUCUAGAAGACUAGAGAAGGCAUGAUUUGGCUACAAUGGGGGUGGGAAGACAGGACUGCUAGAUUUCUCAGUGCUUUCCUCAUAACCAAAAGAAGAAUCAAGAAGAAUGACCAUGUUUGCAGAGGAUACCAAAUUAUUCAGGAUGGUGAAAACCCAAAUGCUGUUCUACAAAUUGGAAUACUCUGUACAGUUCUGGGUGCCCCAUAUAAAAGACGACAUUGUAGAUUUGGAAAAGGUGCAGGAAAGGGCAAUAAAAUUAGCUGAGACUGGAGCACCUUCCUUAGGAUGAAAUGUUAAAGCAUUUGCAGGCUCUGUUAUUUAGAAAAAAAGCUGACAUAAGACUUGUGUGUUUAUAUUGGUGUAAAUUAUGCAUGGUGUAGAGAAAGUGAAUAGAGGAGAAGCAUCUCUCCUUUUCUCGUAACACUGGAAACUGAAAUCAUCCCCUGAAAUUGACUGGCAGCAAAUUUCAGGAUAGACAACAGACAGUAUGUAUCCAGUUCUGGCAAUACUGCGCUCAUGGGGGAGUUUGCAGUAGGCAAGGCUGUGUUGCCACAAGGGCAUCAGGGGUUUAGAUUGCAUGCUGUGGUACAGACUGAUACUAGAGGACUGACAAGCUGGGACUAUGGAUUCACUCAGUGUUCAGAGCAAGAAUCUGAACCACAACUCAGGGCUAGUAAGACACAGGACUUUAUGCUGAACACAGGAAAAGAUGACAUGUUCCAAGAAGGGUGACCUGUUGCUUUUCUACUCACUGGCCUGACUUCCUCUCCCAAGUCUCACCCCUCUGCCAAGGAAUUGAAAAAUUAAAAAGUCAGUAGUCUGGCAGCUGCAUUUUGCAGCAGUUGCAGUUUCCAAACACUCUUCAAGUGCAGCCUCACAUUGUCCAUGUGGCAAUUGUUUAAUUGGGAUGUAAGCAAGGCAUGUUCACUGAGUUCAUCCCCAAGCUAUAAGUCUUAUCAUUCAGAGGGAGUACUACCCCAUCUAGAACAGGCUGCAUUAUGAAUCCCGGAUUGCCUUACCUAGAGACCAGAUGUUCUUAUGUUUUGUCUUGAUUUAGUCUCUAUUUGUUUGCUCACAUGCAGCCCAGAUAUUGAUUCAGGAUUGCCAUAGAAUUGGAUGGAAAUGAGAAAUAGGCUUGAUAUUGGUCAUCCUUGUACCAGUGAAACUAAAGGCUGCAUGAAAGUUGAGUGAGUUAAAUAGUCAAGACCUCAUUUCUCCCAGUUUGAUUUCCACAACUUCAUGGUUUGGCCACACCAACCAGAAAUGAAUGGUUGAGCAGGGAGCGGGGAGGGGUGGAGGCAAGAAAGAAACGGACUUCUGCCUUAUGAACUUGAGGAAAGGAUGACAGGGAUUUGUUUUAAAUUAGAAUCUGCCUGUGCAAAAGCUGAUUCUUGGAACUCUCCAUCAAUGAUUCAAAUAAGUUGUACAGAAAUUGUGACUAGUCUUUUACUGAAUCCACUUUUCCUGCCCUCAUCUUCAGCAUUAACCCCUGGAGGAUAAGAAGAUGCCUUUCAGCAUCUAGUCUCGCAGUGCCUGUGAAAGCUUCCCUUGGUGACAUGGCUGGCAGGCAGACCCUGACUAGAAAUACUGCUUCAGGUUCUACCAUUAGGGCUUGUUUGAAUGAGCUCUUCAAACUGAUACAGCUUAUACAUGAUGGGGGAGCAGGAUUGUGCCUGCUUGUCCUAUUUAUGGAUCUACAUAUUAGAUAUGCAUUUUGCAUAGGUUCUACAGGCAUAAAUUCCACUAUGUCUAGGCCAAAGCACCAUUGUUAUCUGUACAGGGAUGUAGCAAGGUUGGAGUGGGCCCAGAGACAAGAUUUUAAAAUGGCGCCCCCUCCCUGAAGCUCAGCUCAUGAAAUAAAGAAAUCUUAAAUGAGGCUGAAUAAUGGUAACAAAAAGCAUAGUAAAAUCUAUCUAUCUAUCUAUCUAUCUAUCUAUCUAUCUAUCUAUCUAUCUAUCUAUCUAUCACAAUAGAAUACCAUCCUAAAUUAUUUUUUUAAGGUUUUUGUAAAUUGUGGACGAUGCAAGUCAUUUAAUGGUACCAGAGAAAGACAUGCUGUUCUGGUAGCUCCAGGUCUUAACACUCACAUCAAUUUCGGAGGAUGAAUACAACUGAAGGAAGCCCGGGUAGGUGUGCGACUGGGGGAAUCAGUCAUGUGACUUGCCUCUGGACACCCCCCCCCCAAGGCAGUGGGCCCUCAGACAACUGUCUCCCCUUGCCCUAUUAUAGUUACGCCCCUGUAUCUGUAUUGUCCUGUAUAUAGAUUCAAAGCAAUAAUUUCCUGGAUUUGGUGUAGUUUAGUAUCCACCAGGGGCAUACUAGGGGAGAGGGAGCUUGUACCCUUCUCUCGGGAAGCCCUGUGGAGUGAGGAAAAUAAUGAAGAAAAUAGGGAAGGGUGGAGCUGAGGGGCCCUUAGGAGCUUGGGGGCCUGGGUUCUUUGAACCCAUUUGCUCAAUUAUAGCUACACCACUAGCAUCCACAAAGUUUACAGAGACACAUGUUUGGAUUUAUGCAGAACAACAUGUGGAUGUCAGAUGGACCUAGAUGUAGAACAGGCAUGCCCAUUGAGGGGUGGGAUCUUGUUUUCCCAUUGUGCAUAGGCUACGGCUUGUCCAAACAAGCCAAUAGUUUACAAGUGUAGGUAGUACUAGCCUAUUUCAAAUGUUCAAAGUGCUUAACAUACAUCAUUUCAGGAAUUCUGGAUGAAAAAUAUUAUAUUUAACAACAUAUCACAGGUAGGGGCUGAUGCUGUGAGAAGUGGCUGACUUGGCUUCUAGAAUUUGAUGCUGAGGAGUCACUUCAACCUGCGCCUGUCCAGUUCACAGCUCCAUUUGUGUGUGUGUGCGCGUGCGCUAUAUCAGCUUUUUGAUGAAAGUAGGCAAAUCAUCUUAAAUGGAUUACAGCUGCACGUCCACACUCUUGUGUGGAAGUAAACCUCAUUGUACUCAGUGGAACUUACUUCCUGGUAGACAUACAUAGGAUUGCACUAUAAGUAACUAAAUUGGGUUUUCCUUAGUGCAAGGCAGCUAUCCUGAUUAAUGAGUAACUCUUCAACUUAAAAUGCCAAUAUCCUACCAAUAUUUUUGACCUGAGCUGAAUAAGAUGGCCCUAGAUUACACAGAGUCAACAACUGUUUUUGUUUGUGCAAAAACAUUUGCAUUUUUCCUUUGGAGUGGUGAGGAUUUACAGAGAUAUAGUGCUGGAUCAACCAUUUAGCCAUUCUAAAUUAGAAUUUAUUAAAAGAUUUGAUUCAAUUGAUUCAGGCUUAAAUCAAGACAGUGGUCACAUUACAGGGUUAUUUAACAAAGCAAAUGGGGGUUGCUGUCAGUAUUUACUGCUGUUGUGAACUGUCAUUGUGCUUAUCUUAUAUACAUUUAAGCUUUACGUAGAAUUGUCACAUAAAAUGUUGUUGCAUUUCAUGGCCAUUUGGCUCCAGAUUUUUAGUCAAAACAUUUCUCUAUACGUUUUUUUCUGUAUAUGUGUGCCUGCCAACUGAGGAUAACAAUUCAUGCAUCUGAUGAAGUUGAUUACAGUCCAGAAAAGCUUAGAGCACAAUAAAUGUGGUAGCUUUUAAAGUG